GGCCCAGGGGACCAGUGCAGCAGGCUUGGCAGCCUGCUGGGGAGCGAGGGGAGUGCCCGUCUGGACUUCCGCUGGGCCCCCCCUGCUUAGUGUGGGGGCUCACCACUGUCUGAAUAACUACAGCUGGUGGCCUCUCCCCACUGGCCUCUCUGCUGCAGCAGCUCCCCAGCAUGAACCCUCAUCUGCACCUGACCAUCCUCUUCCUGAGCCUCACCACCGGGGGGCUCUGCAUCCUGGGCCUCCAGGCGGAGGCCACUCGCAGUGACAAGCUGUCCCUGCCCGGCUUCGAGAACCUCACGGCGGGCUACAACAAGUUCCUCAGGCCCAACUUUGGCGGGGAUCCGGUGCAAAUCGCCCUGAAUCUGGACAUAGCCAGUAUCUCCAGCAUCUCAGAAAGCAACAUGGAUUACACGGCCACCAUCUACCUGCGGCAGCGCUGGACCGACCCGCGGCUGCUGUUCGAAGGCAGCAAGAGCUUCACCCUGGACGCGCGGCUGGUGGAGUUCCUGUGGGUGCCGGACACCUACAUCGUGGAGUCCAAGACGUCCUUCCUGCACGAGGUCACCGUGGGCAACAGGCUCAUCCGCCUCUUCUCCAAUGGCACUGUCCUGUAUGCACUCAGAAUCACUACGACCGUCGCCUGCAACAUGGACCUGUCUAAGUACCCCAUGGACACACAGACAUGCAGGCUGCAGCUGGAGAGCUGGGGCUAUGACGGGAGAGACGUGGAGUUCCGCUGGCUUCGGGGCAACGACUCGGUGCGAGGGCUGGAGAACCUGCGGCUGGCGCAGUACACCAUUCAGCGCUACUUCACCCUGGUCACCCAGUCGCAGCAGGAAACAGGAAACUACACACGUUUGGUCUUGCAGUUUGAGCUCCGCAGGAAUGGUCUGUAUUUCAUUUUGGAAACGUACGUGCCUUCCGCUUUCCUGGUGGUGCUGUCCUGGGUCUCCUUCUGGAUCUCUCUGGACUCGGUGCCAGCAAGAACCUGCAUCGGAGUGACCACGGUCCUGUCGAUGACCACACUGAUGAUCGGGUCUCGCUCUCCCCUGCCCAACACCAACUGCUUCAUCAAGGCGAUUGACGUGUACCUGGGCAUCUGCUUCAGCUUCGUGUUCGGGGCGCUCCUGGAGUACGCGGUCGCCCACUACAGCUCCGUGCAGCAGAUGGUGGCCAAGGACAGGGCGACAGCGAAAGAGGUGGAAGAAGUCAACAUCACAGACAUCAUCAACAGCUCCCUCUCGACCCUGAAGCGUAAGAUCAGCUUCGCCAGCAUCGAGAUGCCGGGGGACAAUGUGGACUACAGCGGCCUGACCAUGAAGGCCAGGGACAAAGUCAGCUUUGUCUUCCGGGAGAAGAUGGGCAGGAUGGUCCGUUAUUUCACCAUCCAGAACCCCAGCAACGUAGACCGCUACUCCAAGCUGCUCUUCCCGCUGAUGUUCAUGCUGACCAACGUCUUCUACUGGGCUCACUACAUGUACUUCUGAGAGUCCAGUGUCACCAUGGCAUCAUGCUGGUGGCAGCCUUGGAAGCUAAGUGUGUACCAUACCCAACCCAACCCAGCUGCAAGAGGCCCAGAGGACGGAGGAGCGUUCCUGCUCUGAAGAUGGACCCCGACCACUACUCUUUUUUUUAAUUAUUAAAAUUUUAUGACUACAAAUUAAUAGGAAUGUACAUAAACAGCAUUCCCACCACCAAAAACCUGUGUCCCAUCCCAUCCCCUCUCCCUUUCCCCCUCCCUGCCCCAUGAAGCUGAACAUCCACCUUCACCCUCAACACAGUGUUUUUACUUUGGUGCCCUACUCCAAAUUCAGUCAGAUCCUGCUUUGAGUUUCCCUUUCUGUUAUUCUUUCUUAACUUCUGUUGAUGAAUGGGAUCAUCCCAUACUCAUCUUUAUCUUUCUGACUUAGCUCACUUAGCAUAAUUCCUUCUAGCGCCAUCCAAGAUGGGUCAGAGAAGGUGGGUUCAUUGUUCUUAAUAGCUGCAUAGUAUUCCAUUGUGUAUAUAUACCACAGCUUUCUCAGCCACUCAUCUGCUGUUGGGCACCUGGGUUGCUUCCAGGUUUUAGUUAUUAUAAAUUGGGCUGCUAUGAACAUAGGUGUACACAUAUCUUUUUGGUUGGGUGUUAGGGAGUCCUUGGGGUAUAUCCCUAGGAGAGGGAUUACUGGAUCAUAUGGAAGGUCCAUGUCUAGCCUUGUGAGAGUUCUCCAGACUGCUCUCCACAGAGGCUGGACCAAUUUACAUUCCCACCAGCAGUGCAGAAGGGUUUCUCUGUCCCCACAGCCAAUGUUGCAUUAUUUCCAUUUCUCUGACAAUCAGCGGCCUGGAGCAAUUUUUCAUAUGUUUGUUAGCUUUUUGGAUCUCCUCUAAAGUGAAUGUUUUGUUCAUAUCCUCUGCCCAUUUUUGGAUGGGGUCAUUUGCUUUUUUGUUGCUAAGUUAGCUGAGCUCUUUGUAUAUUUUGGUGACUAGUCUCUUGUCUGAUGUAUGGCAUGUGAAGAUCUUCUCCCUCUCUGUGAGGGGUCUCUUGGUUUGUGUGAUAGUUUCUUUGGCUGUGCAGAAUCUUUUCCU